AUGGCGUACAGUUUUUUUCUAAUUUUAUUUUUUUUGGGAACGUGCUUGCUUCAAAUUUCCUUAGAAGCUGCGGUUCCGAAGAAGAAUAAGACAAGACAUAGACGAGUAUACACUUUGACUACAGUUAGAUAUCCGCAAGGUCCGGAAAGACGGUUUGGACCAUAUCCCACACCAGGUUACAACGGACCACAUCCCAGACCAGGUUACAACGGACCACAUCACUAUGGACCUCAUCCCAGACCAGGUUACAACGGACCACCUUACUACGGACCAAAUCACAGACCAGGUUACAACGGACCACAUCACUACGGACCGCCUUACUACGGACCAAAUCACAGACCAGGUUACAACGGAACACAUCACUACGGACCACCUUACUACGGACCAAAUCACAGACCAGGUUACAACGGACCACAUCACUACGGACCACAUCCCAGACCAGGUUACAACGGACCAUAUUACAAUAGACCACAUUACUACGGACCAGAUUACAAUAGACCACAUUACAAAGGACCAGAGUACUACUACAAAUGGUAUGACAGUUACUUUUAUUAUGACUAUCGAGUUCCACUACAUAAACCAAAGAACCAAUUGAGAAAGGAUUUUGGAAUGGGUGCGCAAAUAUUUUUAUCCCAGAUCAUCCCAAUAGUUAAAAAUAUGGUGUUUGGUUUGCAAGAUGAAUCCAAAAACCAGUUUAAAAUAAGAGCGAGACCGUGA